AUGCGCUGUUUACUGUUUCUACGCCGACUGCUUGACAAAGGCUGCCACCAUCACAGGGACCACGACCAAAAGGACCCCAGCGCCGCUAUUCUCCAGCUUUCGCUAGAUAUUCUCUCACUUAUUACCGAUAAUCUGGCUUUACAUGAUAAAUUCCUCCUUUCACACACCUGUAAAGCACUUCGGCAAGUUACAUUUCAAAACUGGGAUUUUGUGCUCUCACGGCUCUCCUUUGAAGAUCAGAGUGGGUUUUGGGUGGGGCUGGCCUACACUUUACCAAAUCGCUGGGCCUGUCUGAAAUGCUGCAAACUGCAUCAUAUUGACACCUCAGAUGUGCCAGCGGCCUUCCAGACUGUAAGGUAUAGGGGUAUCCCUUGCAGCAUUAAACAUUCUCGAGGAAUUGAAGUCGAAGUGUAUUCUAUGCAGCACUACCACAUACAGUUUGCACUUAAGCUCUCUCGCCUAGGCAAGGUACAUCAGCGAUACCUUGCGGCACUGAUGGAUACUUAUACGCGUACUGGGAUAUCAUUCAUACCGCCACUUGCAGAUUCCUAUACCGCAGAGCCCAGAAUUAUCAAUAAGCGGUUUAUCCUACUUGAAGAGUGGAAUAUCAGGAAUAAUACGAGUACUGCUUUGCCACUCUUCCCAGACAAAUCACGUUUACCUCUCCCAGUCUGCCCUCACAUGCGUAUGCUAUUUGGUGGACCCGCGAGGUCUCGCAGUUGGAAGCAAUCGUCUAUCCAUAGGAUGGUACAUAUGUCUAAUAACAAUAAUAUGCGGCAGCUUGAGGAAUUCGUCCUGCUCAAAGAAGUUACUUUGCUUGAGGAUGGUAUUGCAUUAGCUUACGAAUCCCCAGGCCAGUGGAUAUUUAAUUCUUGCCUGCACUGCCCUACAGAUUUCGCGAUCAUGAUUUCUACGGAUGAGCGAGAGGCGACGAUCCGGGCUUGGCACGACUUUGGGAUAGAAGGGUCACCAAUAGAUAUUAGUUGGAAGGCACAUGUGGCAGAUAAAAAUAGACAUUGGCUUGACGUAGGUCCCUAUGUGGAUUAUAGUCAUGGUAGUAUCCGGGAGUUAUGGUCAGAGGGAAUCUCUCAUCGGACCAGGACUAGUCAAGGAAAGCUGCGGAGCGUCUUCACGAAGCUGAUAGAAAGUCUGAGCGAAGUAUAG